GUGUCAAUCAUGUGGUGGUACUACGCAAAUGUCUCCAUCUAUGCCCAAGCUGCAACGUCCCUUGCUCAGCUGGACAUUCUGGUCUGUACCUUCUUCACCUGUGUCUUCCAGAACCACAGCGACAACUGCUCCCUGGCCUAUUCAGCACCCCAGAUGGACCAUCUACUGAUCUGGGAUGAAACGGGACCAUCUCCCUGGGCAGCGAUGAAUGAAUCCUUUGAUGCACCAAGCAAUGAAAGAUACAAACUGUUGAACCACUCAUUGCUAAUCCUUGCUUUUAAGAAUCCGGCAGAGGCUGACCAGUUUGUGUUUUCCAGUACUCAGACUGUGUUGUAUGGUUUUGUCCUGCCUGUCCUUAAACUAUUAGGGAUCCUAUCCAUUCUGUCUUUUUUCUUUACCCUUUGCAGAGUUGCCUCCAUGCGGAAUAUCACUAAUUUCUAUCUGACUAAUUUGGCUGUUGCAGAUUUGAUGGUCUUGAUUUCAGAGUCCACUUAUCAGCAAUGUGUGGCUUUGACAACACAAUCUGAAUUGGAUGCAUCAUAUUUGGGGAACUCAGCCCAAGCAGUUUUUAUUCUCUUAACGUACACAUGCGAUGUUGGUGUGAUUUCAUCUAUAGCCUUUGUAACAAUGCUGUCUUAUGGUAGAUAUUUUGCCAUUUGUUACCCUUUCCAACACCGUAAUCUCAAUCUGAAGCGACGGGCUAUACGGGCAGCAGUUUGCAUAUGGUUUCUGUCUUUUUCCGUGAAUUUGAUCGUUUUCUUUAAUCAGUUUCUGGGCUUUAAUGUACCACCAAUGAAAUGUCUUGUUUGGCCAACUGAAGAAAAGUAUAAACAUCUAUCAGGUAAUGGGCAUAUGUUUUUUAAUGAUGAUGAAACUUUGAAUCUGGUUGUAAGUUACAUGUUUUUCUGUGUAUUCAUGUUGAGUUUGAUCCUCACAGUCACUUUCAAUAUCCUCCUUAUUAAGGGACUGCAUGCACCAAAUCCAACCGGUGAUCAGAUCCGAGGUCCGUCAAAACAUCUACGAAAAGUUACUCUAAUACUAGGCAUCAACACAGCCGUGGUAUUUGUCUGUUCUCUGCCCCAAGCUAUAUAUGCCCUCAUUGCAAUUUUAGUGCGAAGCAGGGAAGAAGUGAAUGUAAAUGAUGAUGUGAAAUGGAAGUUGGAUGUGUUGAUUGCUUGCCUCAGAGUCUUGAACUCUUCCAUUAAUUCAGUCAUAUUCAAUGCUGGAAGUGGAAGGUACAGGAAGGCCUUUAAGCAAGCCUUCUGCUGCAGAAAGAGGCAGCAAGUACCAACGAACAAUAUUCCUCUGCAGACAUUACCGAGAGCAGAUCCUGCAGAUAGGAUCAGAUUGCAGGAUCCAAAGGCCAAACUCCCCUCCUAGAGAGAAAAGAAAAGAAAUAAUGUUAUCCUCAUAGUGCUGCAGCCGAACCCCAAACCGAACUAAAAUAGCCAAACAUGGCAUUCCGAACCAAACUGGACCGAACUGAAAUUGUCGGUUUAGAAGUUUGGGAAAUUUACUUUUUUGAUAGUGCUAGAAAUGCUAACGCUUGCAAUGAAAGGGCAAAAUUGAAAUGCACGAAUGAUUGAAUUCACAGUGUUAACAAGUCACUAUGUUCAUCUUCAUUGUUUGG